GGAGAAGGGGAGAGAGAGAAAGGAAAGAGAGAGAAUACUUUAAAAAAAACGUGUUUCUGAGACCAGGAAAAGUAACGUCUGGAAAGAAUUAGUGGGUUUGAGGGAUAGACAAGAGACAAGAGACGGGGAGAGCGCGCGAGAGAGAUGUGAUCAGCGCUCAGACAAGAGAAAGGAAGAAAACCCCGGGCAAAACAACUCCAGAGAACAGCAAUAAAAUAAGAGCGAGAAAGAAGGAGGAAAAAAUCACAGCAAACAACAACAAGAUGAGGACACAGGAGCAUCGCUUUGGAAAAGUUCACUGACUUCCCGGAUCACUGCUUUUUUUUGCGGGGGGGGGGGUUGGUGUCUGUGCUGUUUGGAGGAGGAUGCCAGCCGCCGCUAAGGAAAGCCUGGAGGACUCAGCCCUGCUGGGGGACAUCCCCAGCCUCAGCGUAGAGAGUUACCUUCCUCUCUGUGUGGCUCACGUGCCCAGGGAGUCCAUCCGCAACUUUCACCACACCAAGCGGGUUGGCAACUAUCUGAUCGGGAGGAAGCUGGGAGAGGGAUCCUUUGCCAAAGUGAGAGAAGGGCUCCACAUCCUGACUGGCGAAAAGGUGGCGGUGAAAGUCAUCGACAAGAAAAAAGCCAGGAAAGACUCGUACGUAACGAAGAAUCUGAGAAGGGAGGGUCAGAUCCACCAAAUGAUCAAACAUCCCAAUAUCACCCAGCUUUUGGACAUAUUAGAAACUGAGAAUAGCUACUACCUGGUGAUGGAGCUGUGCACGGGAGGCAACCUGAUGCACAAAAUGUACGACAGGAAGAUACUGGAGGAGGCAGAGGCACGAAAGUACAUCCGACAGCUGGCCCUAGCAGUGGAACAUCUACACCAGGCAGGAGUGGUCCACAGGGACUUGAAGAUCGAGAACCUUUUGCUGGAUGAGCACAGCAAUAUAAAACUAAUAGAUUUUGGACUGAGUAACUGUGCCGGUAUUUUGGGUUACUCAGACCCUUUCAGCACUCAGUGUGGAAGUCCAGCUUACGCAGCCCCGGAACUGUUAGCCCGGAAGAAGUAUGGUCCCAAGGUGGAUAUAUGGUCGAUAGGUGUCAAUGCGUACGCAAUGCUGACUGGGACCUUACCUUUCACCGUGGAGCCAUUCAGCUUGAGAGCGUUGCAUCAGAAAAUGGUGGACAAGGACAUGAAUCCUCUUCCCAUUCACCUCUCGUCAGUCGCUGUGAACUUCCUGAAGUCCCUUCUGGAGCCGGACCCCAUCAAGAGGCCCAAUGUGCACAAGGUUCUGGCUGACCGCUGGCUGAACCAAAACUACCCCGGAAAACCCGAGUGCCGGGUUGCCUACCCAAACAGGCUUCAUCCGGAUGACUUGAACCAAAGUGUGGUGCUUCACAUGAGCGAGCGGCUGGGGUAUAAAUACAGCGAGGUGGUAAACACUGUGCUGUCCAACCGAGCCUCCCACACCCUCUCCGUUUACUUCCUGCUAGACAGGAAGCUGGAUCGCUACAUCAGAAGCUUUGCGAUGCCAGACUUUACUGAUGGUAUUUGUUUCAAGAACCAACUGUGUCAGCUGGAUAGAUAUAGACUGAAGGAAGCACGGGAGGAGAAGAAGGGCAAGGAGGCAGAGAGAAGAGGAGAGAUCAUUCACAAACCCUUCGCAAAGAAAAACGAAAAAGGCCUGGCCUCUGCCAAACAGUCUCCAUACUUUGCAGCUCCUUUAAACCUCGCCAAGGCUGUACACAAGGAGAGAAAAGCUCCCAAGCCAGACAAGGGUCUGAUGCUGGAUACUUACCUGACUGUUCCGACCGUCUCUGCUGAUGGAGCCAGCGUUGGGAAGAACGGGUGCGUCAACUCCCACUCCCUGGAGUACUUGGAGAUGCAGCGUCCCCUGCCCAGGACCCCUAUGCCCAUCCGGCCGCCCCUGGACGUUGCGAGCCCAAAGGGGGGAGCGAAGGAUCCGUGCCCGAGUGGCUCCCGGACCCCCGUCGCGGGAGACGAGCGGAUAGGACCGGCUCCGCAGCACGGACACAACGGGCAGACCGGUGGCCCCUCGUACAGGUCCUUGCCUCCAGCGCUCCCUCACCCCAAGCCUCCGAGUUCAAGCCCGGCUAGGACUGUGCCGACCUGCAAAGAAAAGAGAGACUCCUCCGUGAGGUUGCACGCCCUGUCUGCCAUUCCGCCCAGCUCAGGCCACGCUAAUGCCAACGAACUGGGCAACCCCAGCCUGGUCAAAAGCAGGGGCAAGUUCCCAAUGAUGGGCAUCGGACAGAUGUUAAGGAAACGCAACCAAGCGGUGCAGUUGCGGCCAGACAAGCCGGCGGGUCCCAAGCUGUCCUGAGAUACUUGCCGCGAACAAUCUUGAUGGGUGCCAGUGUUAUUGCCCUGUAGCGUUUCCACGUCAUUUCACUGUGCGAGGCUGGGAGGAGCAGCUGUUGGAAACAACAUUGGAAAGGCAGUGCGUCAAGUGGGAUUGCACCCAUGAGAGUCCACGCCUACACGAAUUGGAUGGCAUAUAGAGACAAUCCAGGUCGAGGGACUAAUCCAGGCUGGUCCAAACUUAUUGGCUGCUGAGGGUUGGAUGCCCUAUUUAAACGAUCGUGGCCCGAGCAUAAGCAAGUUUUUCGUGUUGGCCUCCAGAAACAGAACAUAACGGUUAU